AUGGAUCCUCCACACAACUUCCGAGAGGGAAACUGUUCCACGGAUCUGAGUAUGCAGCAGGAGAGAUCAGAGAUUUCAGGUGACCAUGGAAUUCCAUCUGAGAUCAGUGCAUUUUUAAAAUGCCAACUGGAUCACAAACACGGUCUGAUGAUAAAGUUUCAACAUCUCUUUGAGGGAAUAGCAAAACAAGGAAACCCAACACUUUUGAAUGAGAUCUACACAGAGCUCUACAUCACAGAGGGUGGAAGUGGAGAGAUCAGUAAUGAACAUGAGGUCAGACAGAUUGAGACAGCAUCCAGGAAACCAGAAACACUAGAGAUACCAAUACAGUACAAUGACAUCUUUAAACCCUUACCUGGACAAGACAAACCCAUCAGAACUGUGCUGACAAAGGGAGUCGCUGGCAUUGGAAAAACAGUCUCUGUGCAGAAGUUUGUUUUGGACUGGGCUGAAGGAAAAUCUAACCAUGAUGUCCACUUCAUAUUUCCACUUCCUUUUCGGGAACUGAAUUUGAUGAAAGAGAAAAAACUCUGUCUGAUGGACCUACUUGAUCAGUUUUUCAGAGAAACAAAAGAACUGAGAGAAGGUGCUUAUGAGAAAUACAAACUCAUAUUUAUCUUUGAUGGUCUGGAUGAGUGUCGACUUCCUCUGGAUUUCCACAACAAUGAGAUCUUGUGUGAUGUAACAAAACCAACCUCAGUGGAUGCUUUACUGACAAACCUCAUCAAGGGAAACCUGCUUCCCUCUGCUCUUCUCUGGAAAACCUCCAGGCCAGCAGCAGCCAAUCAAAUUCUUCCUGAGUGUGUUGACCGGAUAACAGAGGUACGAGGAUUCAAUGAUCCACAGAAGGAGGAGUACUUCAGGAAGAGAAUCAGUGAUCUGAACCUGGCAAGAAGAAUUAUCAAACACAUCAAGUCAUCAAGGAGCCUCUACAUCAUGUGUCACAUACCAGUCUUCUGUUGGAUUUCAGCCACUGUUCUAGAGACAAUGUUAAGUGAAGCAGAGAAAGGAGAGAUCCCAAAGACUCUGACUCAAAUGUAUGCACACUUUCUGUUCUUUCAAAUCAAGCAACAGAAUCAAAAGUAUGAUGGUCAUUAUGAGAUGGAUCCACAAUGGAAUAAAGAUACACUUCUCUCACUGGGAAAACUGGCCUAUAAACAGCUGGUGAAAGGCAACUUGAUCUUCUAUGAAGAAGACUUGAGAGAGAGUGGAAUUGAUGUCAAGGAAGCAUCAGUGUGCUCAGGAGUGUGCACCCAGAUCUUUAGAGAGGAGUCAGGGCUGUACCAGGGGAAAGUGUACAGCUUUACUCAUCUCAGCAUUCAGGAGUUUCUUGCUGCCCUAUUUGUGUUUCUCUCCUUUAUUAACAGACAUAACAUACAACAACAGCUCAUCCCAGAACUUCACAGCUUCAAUUAUAUGCACUCUCUGUCAGACCUACUGAAGGAUGCAGUGGACAAGGCCUUGGAGAGCAGGAAUGGACACUUGGACCUUUUCCUCCGUUUCCUUCUGGGUCUCUCGGUGGAAUCCAAUCAGACUGUACUGCAGGGCUUACUCACACAGACAGGAGGCAGCUCACAGACCAGUGAAGAAAUGGUCAAGUACAUCGAGGGGAAGAUCAGGGAGUUUCGCACUCCAAAGAAAUUUGUCAAUCUGUUCUACUGUCUAAAUGAACUAAAUUCCCAAUCUCUAGUUGAGGAAAUACAAACAUACUUGAGGAAGACUGAAGCUUACCGUCUCUCUGGUACCAGACUUUCUUCUUCUCAGUGGUCCGCUGUGGUCUUUGUGUUGCUUACUUCAGAAGGGAACCUGGAUAAUUUCAGACUGCAGAAAUUUCAUCCAUCAGAUGAGUGCCUGGGCAGGUUGAUGGCAGUAGUCAGAGCAUCCAGAACAGCUACUCUGAGCUAUUGUAGUCUCACAGAGAAAAGCUGUGAAGCUCUGGCCUCAGCUCUCAGCUCAGACUCCUGUUGUCUGAGAGAACUGGACCUGGGUCAGAAUCAUCUUAAGGAUUCAGGGGUGAAUCUGCUCUCUGAAGGACUGAAGAAUCCAUGCUGUAAACUGGAGAAACUCAUACUGUAUAAAUGUAAUCUAACAGAGAAUAGCUGUCCAGCACUGGCUUCAGCUCUCAGCUCAAAGUCCUCUAGUCUGAGAGAACUGGAUCUGAGUGACAAUAAUCUGCAGGAUUCAGGAAUGAAGCAACUCUCCACUGGAUUGGAAAGUCCAUACUGUAAACUGGAGAUACUGAGGUUGACUGAUUGUCACAUCACCGAGAAAAGUUGUGCAGCACUGGCCUCAGCUCUCAGCUCAAAUUCCUCUAGUCUGAGAGAACUUUACCUGAAUUGGAACAAUCUGCUUGAUUCAGGAGUGAAGCUGCUCUCUGCCGGACUGGAGAAUCCACACUGUAAACUGGAGAAACUGUGUCUGAGAUAUUGCAGGCUGACAGAGAAGAGCUCUGCUACACUGGCCUCACUUCUCAGCACAGACUCCUGCCGUUUGAUAGAGCUGGACCUGGCUCACAAUAAUAUUCAGGAUUCAGGAGUGAAGCAACUCUCUGUUGCACUAAAAGAUCCGCAUCGUAAAAUACAAAAACUGAGGUUGAGCAGUUGCAACCUAACAGAAAGAGGUUGUGUUGCACUUGCCUCAGCUCUCGGCUCAAACUCAUCUAAUCUGACUGAACUAGAACUGAGUGACAAUAAUCUCCAGGAUUCAGGAGUGAAGCUGCUCUCAGCUGGGUUGGAGAAUCUUGACUGUAAACUGGGGACGCUGAGUUUGUGUAAUUGUAAUAUAACAGAGGAAGGCUUUGAAGCUCUGACCUCAGCACUGAGAUCAAACCCCGCACACUUGAGAGAACUGAAUCUGAGUGAGAAUAAACCAGGAGACUCAGGAGUGAAGCAACUCUCUGCGCUACUGGUGAAUCAACAUUGUAAACUGGAGAAACUUAAGCUGAUUGGAUGUAAUCUCACGGAGGAAAGUUUUAUCACACUGGCUUCAGCUCUCAGCUCAAACUCUUCCAGCCUCAGAGAACUGGAUCUAAGUAAAAAUAAUAUGCAAGAUUCAGGAGUGAAGCUGCUCUCUGCUGGAUUGAAGAAUCUACACUGUAAACUGGAGAAACUCAAUGUGAGUCGGUGCAGUAUAACAGAGGAAGGCUGUGCUGCUCUGGCUUCAGCUCUGAAAUCAAACCCCUCACACCUGAGAGAACUGGAUUUGAGCUGGAACAAACCAGGAGACUUAGGAGCAAAGCUGCUUUCUGCUCUACUAGAGGAUCCACACUGUAAACUAGAGAAACUGAGGUCUCUGAUCAUCAGUGAUAAAGAACACAAGUAUCUCCUGAGUGAUGGUGCUGGAGGUUUCCAUAACGCAGCUCUAUCUCUGGCUCUGCUCCAGACGUAUGUUUACAGUCAGCCCAGUACAUAA